AUGGCGACGAAAAGAAAGAAAGUUGUAUUGAUGGAACAAAAACUUGAGGCAAUCAAGAGACUGGACAAGGGAGAGACAAUGCAGAAGGUAGCUAACGACUUUGGCAUUGGACGGAUCAGGGACAAAGGUGUGCCUAUUUCAGGGCCUAUUUUACAGCAAAAGGCGUUGCAUUUUCGUAAUGAAUUCAAUGAAGGAAACCCAGAUUUCACAGCAAGUGUUGGUUGGCUCGACCGAUGGAAGAAAUGCUACGGUAUCCGUCAGUUAUGUGUUUGUGGUGAAAAACUAUCAUCAAAUUUUGAAGAAAUGGAAGCAUUCAAGAAAAGAUUUCAGGAAUUUAUUGAAACUGAAAGCCUAACGGGUGAUCAGAUAUUUAACUGUGAUGAGUCAGGCCUUAAUUACAAAAUGUUACCUAGUAAGAGUCUUGCAGCCAGAACUGAUGCGGCAGCCCCUGGCUACAAGCGUAGCAAGGAAAGGCUGACAAUUUUAGCAUGCAGCAAUGCUACAGCAAACCUCAAAAUGAACCUUGCAAUGAUUGGAAAGUCCAAAAAUCCUAGAGCCUUUAAAACAGUUUCAAAAAACGCUCUUCCUGUAAAAUACUACAGUCAGAAAAGCACAUGGAUGAGCAGUGAAAUUUGCAAAGACUGUUUUUUUAAGGAAUUCAUUCCUUCAACAGAGAAGUUUUUGAAAGAAAAUAAUUUACUCAGAAAAGCAGUUUUGUUGCUAGAUAAUAUUCCAAUGCACCCUGAUGCAGAGGAGCUUCAAGAUGGUGACAUUAAGGCAAUGUUUCUGCCCCCAAAUGUAACUGCCAUAUGCCAACCUAUGGAUCAGGGCGUUUUGGAAAUGAUAAAAAGGAACUAUCGCAGGAAGCUACUGUCCACAGCGAUAGAAGAAAUUGAAGAAGGACAAGAUAUGAUUGAAAAAUUGAAACGCGUCAAUGUAAAGGAUGUUGCUUAUUGGGUUGCAAGGGCCUGUGCUGAUGUAAGGGCUCCAACAAUUGCCAAAUCAUGGAAGAAGCUGCUAGGCGAUGAUGAAAGUAUGGAAACGGAAAGCACAGAUCAAACCGAAGAAACCAUUCUACCUUUAGUGCAACGUAUCCCUGGAUGCGAGGAUGCAUCUUUGCAAGAAAUCGAAAGUUGGAUGAAGGAUGAUGAUCAGUAUGAAAUAACUGAUGAAGAAAUUGUCGCUCUUGUCAAUUGCGAUGACAACGAAAUUGAAGAUCAAGAUCAAGCACCAACUGUUCAGCCUCUCAGAAUUUCACAUAACGAUGGAGUUAAGGCUCUAGAAACUGCAAUUAAAUACAUUGAGUAA